AUGUUUUUGUUUCCAUACACCUCUUUCUCUUGCCUGUCCUAUUUUCUCUUAAUCAUCCCUCUUCCUUUCUCUCUUUCAUUUUAUCUCACUGACUCCAACCCACUGUUGUCCUUUGAUAACCAGGUCAGAGAGGUACACCUUUACACAGAUAACCACAGAAGAGCAAUGUAUCUGCAAAUGACUGUCGAUGGGAAAGUGUCUGGAAGCGAUACUCAGACUUGUUACAGUGUGCUGGAGCUGAAAUCUGUCAGUCCUGGCCAUAUUGUCAUCCAGGGAAAGUCAUCAUCUCUGUUUCUCUGUGUGGACAGUGGAGGCCAUUUAAGGGGGCAGGUGCAAUACUCCGAGGCCGACUGCACCUUCAGAGAACUGCUGCUGGCAGAUGGAUACACCCGUUUCCUGUCCUUGCACCAUAGAUUUCCCGUGUCUCUGGCAUCAAGACAUUCCCCAGAUCGACACACAGUCCCCUUCACUCGAUUCUUACCACUUAGGAAUACUUUGGCAGGGGACAGUGUGUCUGAACAGCCACCAAACAAUCAGAGAUAUUUCAAUGUGGACUCGGAUGAUCUUUUUGGAAUGAGUCUCAACACUAUGGUCAGUCCUCACUUCUCAGUGGACAAGUAAAGAAAAUGAAUUGAGAUGUACAACUGUUAAUGUAGC